CUACUCCAUGCGGAAGUGAAGUGCUUUUGAGAUCUCCGCUCUGCCACCUGAGUGGUAAUCUGCUCUCAUCCAGCAUUCACAAGAGAGUCGCGGAGACUGCCAGCCAGCAGAGAGCUCAGGUGCCGAAUACACAACCAAACUGGUUUGCCAGUAUGGCUCUAGCAGUGUCACUGAGGCUCAUCUGUACAGCCCUGUUGUUUCAAGCAUUGCCUUCAGACUGUGCACAAGAACUCCAUGCGAAUCAGGAGACCAUUGUGAAGAUUAGUACUGCCGGACUGUUGAUGCAGUGCUCUACUGCUGUGGAUGUGCUCUUCCUAUUGGACGGCUCCUACAGCAUUGGGAAAGGCAGCUUUGAGAGAUCCAAGCACUUUGCAUUCAAGCUUUGUGAUGCCCUGGAUAUCAAUCCAGAAAGGGUACGAGUAGGAGUUAUCCAAUACAGCUCAACACCCAGACUUGAGUUCUCCUUGAAUUCCUACCCAACGAAAGACGAAGUGAAGGAGCAAAUAAAGAAACUUUCAUUCAAGGGCGGCAGCACACAGACUGGUCAGGCUCUGAAGUACAUCCUUCGGAAAGGAUUCCCGGGUGGAAGAAACACCACGGUGCCUCGAAUUCUCAUUGUUCUCACUGAUGGAAAAUCCCAGGGAACUGUGCAGCCUGCCAGCCAGCUGAAAGAGGAAGGCAUCACGAUAUUCGCUGUGGGGAUCAAGUAUCCCAGGUGGGAUGAGUUGCAUACGUUGGCCAGCCUGCCCACAGAGCAGCACGUUCUGUUUGCUGAACAUUUCGAUGAUGCAGUCAAUGGCCUCUACACCACCCUCACAUCCACCAGUGUCUGCACUGCAGUCCCUUCAGGAUGCAAAGUUGUAUCUCGAACCUGUGAACGUAAAACACUGGAGACAGUGAAAGAGUUUAAGGGGAACUUCAUGUGCUGGAAAGGAUCCAAGGGAAGCACUGCGCCCCACACAACAUUAUGCCCCUAUUACAGUUGGAAUAGAGUGUACAGAAAACAUCAAGCCACAUGCUACAGAACUAUAUGCCCAGAUCCGUGCGAUUCCCAGCCCUGCCACAACGGAGGCACCUGUAUCCCAGACGGAUUAGAAAAAUACCGCUGUGUCUGUCCUGUGGGGUUUGGAGGAGACCCCAACUGUGCUCCAAAGCUGAGUCUGGACUGCAGUGUGGAUCUUCUCUUCUUGGUGGAGGGCUCUUCCAACGUCAGCCUGGAGGGGUUCCUCCGAUACAAGUCCUUCAUGAGGCGAUUUGUACAGACUGUCCUUACUCCAGAUACCCCGGUUAACGUGGGCUUGGCUCAGUACAGUGACGACGUGAGAAUGGAAAUGAAAAUCGGGGAGUACAGAGAUAUUCCUGAGCUGCUUCAGUCCAUCGACGGCAUGAGAUACAGGGGAGGGGGCACCAGGACCGGGAAAGCCCUGAGCUACGUCGCGCAGUUUGGGUUCAAGAGCACCCCAGUGUUCGCUGACGUCCAGGAUGACCUGCCCAGGGUUGUGGUUCUGAUGACAGAUUCCGGAUCCGAAGACUCUGUGACCGAGCCUGCCAAAUACACCAGGGACAGAGAGAUCUUUAUCAUUGGGGUGGGUGGAGAGUUCCUGAAGGAGGAUCUUAAUAAGAUAACAGGAAAUCCACAGCGAACCAUAACUUACUCCAGCCCACAGCAUCUCCUCAGCAGAAUCCUAGACCUGAGAUCCAAAAUUUGCAGUGUGGAUAGCCAAGGGUGCCUUGCUCAGUCUCUGGAUCUUGUAUUUGCCCUGGAUGCCUCGGAUGGUGUUGGGAAUGAGAACUUUUAUCGGCUGCGGGAUUUCGUCCGGAGCACCUCGGUUCAGUUUGACAUCAACCGCGACGUGACUCAGAUCGGGCUGGUUACCUACGGCAGGGAGCUGAGCACCAUGUUCGCCCUGGACACCUACGACUCCGGCACUAGGGUCAUGCAGGCAAUCAACCAGGUGCCCUACAUCGGGGGCAGGGCCUCCACCGGCAGCGCUCUGCUCCACAUCCACAACAACGUCAUGAAGGUGCAGAAGGGAGCCAGGCCUGGAGUCAACAAGGCCAUCGUGGUGAUCACUGACGGGGCCGGGGGCGACGACGCUGCCGUCCCAUCUCAGAGAAUCCGGAAUAACGGCAUCUCUGUGUUUGUGGUCGGGAUAGGGGAUGCUCAGAGAGACACCCUGCUCAAGAUCGCCGGCUCUGAGGACCACAUGAUCCCGGUCGCUUCCUAUGAAGACCUGAAAUACUUUGAAGAUGUUCUCGUUCAGAAAGUGUGUGAAGAGGCCAAGAAAGCAGUGAAUCUGUGCAAACCGAGUCCGUGUAUGAAUGAUGGGAUCUGUACACUGAGGAAUGGGAGCUAUCGCUGUGAGUGUCGAGGCUGGGAGGGACCACACUGUGAAAACAGAAGUACAAGACCUCCGAGCAGAGGGGAUCUCCCCGGACCCGCAGGCUUACGAAUAAACAACAGAGGGCAACAGAAGCACAAUAAACCUCAUCAGCGCAUGAGAGUGUGGCAGAGGAGACGACACGCGGAUCACAAGCACUGAGACCAUGCACCGCGGGAGAAAGGGCUCUGUACUUGCCAGGUACAAGCUGGCACCCGCAUGGGAGCUGGUAUGGUAAUUCAGAGAAGAUAAGGAGGACGGUCUUAUGACUCUGAAGUCUGAAGUUCUACCAAGGCAACUGAUGAGCUUCAUGGGAUAUAGUGUUUAUUGGAAAAAAAAAAAAAAAACCUACAUGAUGUAUUAGAAUUUAUCACAGCUUGAUGUCAUAUUUAUUUAAACUGUGUUGUCAAUAUGGGUCAUAUUUAAAAAACAGUAACAUCUUAUUAUACCCUAUUCAAUUAGAUGUUUUAAAUAUAACUUCAGCCUUGAGCAGCAUUUCUUUUUACAUUGUGUUGUGUUUAUAUUGUAUAAAAAAAACAACAUAUUUUGUUUACAUUCCUUCCCAAUAUUCAAUUCAGUGUACAACGUGGUUUAAACAUUUAUUUUUCUUAAUCUUGUAGGAAUACUAAUUAUAACUAAGCAGGAUAUCAGAAACCAGCAUUAAGCUUUACCAGCUACCCACCUUUUACUGCACUGCUUUUGACUCGAAAUGUGAGACUCUAAAACAGCGUUAGCAGCUCAGCCGAAUGUAAAAAUCAUUAGCAGCCCAGCCGAAUGAUUAUGAGGCUUGAGAUGAAUUCCCCUGCCUUGACUGUGAAGCGUUACUUUAGCACCUCUGGUAAGAGCAGUUACUUCUAGGCCCGUGUGAUAGGGUGCGAGUGGUAGGGUGUACAAAUAGAAUGUCCAGACAGUAUUUGCAAUGCCAAAACGUCCGUAUUUAUUUAAAAGGGCACAAAUAAUAAAUCAGUCGCCCCUAUACCAGCAGUGGUAUAGGGGAGUCCAAAUACGGUGGGUUGCAGUCCCAAACCAAAACAACACUCCUUUAACCACAAUCCUCCGUGCACGAAACUGUGCUCUGCGAGUCGGGUGUAUUCGGUGCGCGUGUCCGUGUUGUGCUGUGCUGGGCAGUGAGGCUGCGAGUCGUGAUGUGAGCUGGCUCCGUGGCUGCAGCUCCCAAUCUCCUUCUUACUCCUGUGCAAUACAGAUGUAGCAAAACAGACAAACAAAGCUCCGGCCGUCGGUUACGUUUUCAGCACAUGGGGCUGUACUCCCACAGCUGCGUCCCCUUUGUACUGCCCAACUCCUCCCUGCAGUCAGCCCGGCACCCCGGUGUAACCAAUCGCUGCCUGGCCCGCAGCUGAUCGCAUGGGAAUCGUUUUGAAUACGCGCAGCUCCGUGCUUCCUCCAGCUGGGGAAGUGUACGACCAACCUUACACGGCACCCUUUCUGAUCAGGAGGGAGAUUUACAGCAUCGAUUCUUUCUGUCUUUAUCACAGCCUGUGAUUCAUCAGUUGAAGUCUCCUCCAUCACCCGUGUAUUAAUGUCAGGAGACAUUUCUCAUUGGUUCUGAGCUCAUAUAGAUGCCAUUAUGAUAAUACAGUAUGUAGAUCCUAGAUAUUAAAUAAGUAUCCAAAUUCUGCCUUCUUUAAACUCAUCGGUUUCAUGUGCAUGGUGGAAUGACCCCAUUGUCUUAGGGUUAAGGUAGGGUCCAUAUUUCUACUUGAAAUUGUGAUUUUACAUAGAUUCAUCAUUUUUCUAAACAAAUAUCCAUUACAUUUUGUACCCAAAUAUAAAAAAAUAUGACAGCGUUAGCUAUUGUUUUGUUUCGACUGUGUUAUCAUGUCAAAUAGUGUGUGUGUGUUGCCAGCAAACGCUGUUGUGAUGGUGAAUGUUAUACUGAUUUUUUUAUUUUUUGCAUAUCUAAUGUAAUCACGUUUUACAGCAAUACAUUAUUUUUGUCA